UACGUAGUUUCAAUCGCUCUCGAGUUUUCAAAGCGAACGGUUCGUUCCCAGCCAGCGCGCUUAAGUUUGAAAUUGAAAAAUAUAUUUGAACAGACGAUGCGCGUGCGCCGUGCGAAUUUCGCAAAGUCUUGAAAUCGUUAAAGAUCAUUGUGAUGCUGUGCCUAUGAACACAUGAACAGUGCAAAAUAAAAAGACAAAUAAACAAUAAAGACCUCGACUUGCCCAUUGAAACACUCUUGGAUUAGUUUCAAUAGAAGCAACAACAAAAAAAAUAAACAAUAUGGUUCGCAGUCUGGCCCAGUGGACGAAGACGCUGAGCUUCCCCUCGCGUCUCUCGCCAAAUCGCAACUCCAAGGACUGCUCCACUUUGGCCAGUCCGGUGCCACCACCCACUCCGCCCCGCAACAAGACGUCCGGUGGCGGCGGAAACUGUGCCACAUCGCGCUCCUCCUCCUCGACGGUGUCCUCAUCGCACUCGUCCUCCCACAGCUCACCCACUCCGGGUAGCAAUAACAACAACAACAUGCCCAUCACGGAGCUGGAACAGAUUAUCUAUCCCGGACCCGAUCCAAAACACAUUAUGGGCUCCCUGGUUUUCUGUAUUCACCACAAACAAGGCUGCAAGUGGUCCGAUGAGCUUCGGAAGCUAAAGGCUCAUCUGAACACUUGUAAACACGAUGCCACACAGUGUCCCAACAAAUGUGGAGCCCAGAUACCCAGGAUCAUGAUGACCGAUCACCUGCAGUACACCUGCACGAUGCGCCGUACUCGGUGCGAGUUCUGCCAGAGCGAAUUCUCUGGCGCCGGUCUCGAGGAGCACAAUGGCAGCUGCGGCCAAGAGCCGGUCUACUGCGAGGCCAAAUGCGGCCAACGGGUGCUCCGAGGAAGGAUGACCAUGCACAAGUCCAAGGACUGUGCCAAGCGACUCCGUCGCUGCGCCCACUGCCAGCGAGAAUUCUCCGCAGAUACACUGCCCCUUCAUGCAGCCCAGUGCCCGAGGGCUCCUCUGGCCUGUCCCCAGAGAUGCGACGCCGGUCCCAUUGCCCGAGGCGAAUUGGAGGCCCAUCUGAGGGAUGAGUGCCAGUCCCUGGCGGUUUCCUGCAGCUUUAAGGAAGCGGGCUGCCGAUUCAAGGGACCACGACAGAUGCUGGAGGCCCACCUCGAGAGCAACGCUGCCGCCCACCUUUCCCUGAUGGUGGCGCUCAGCUCACGCCAGGGUCAACAGAUCCAAAUGCUCAAGUCGGCAGUGUCCAAGCUUUCCAUCAACUACACCGGAACUCUACUAUGGAAGAUCACCGACUGGUCUGCCAAGAUGGCCGAGGCGAGAGGCAAGGAUGGCUUGGAGCUGGUCUCGCCGCCCUUCUACACCUCCCAAUAUGGUUACAAGCUACAGGCCUCCAUGUUUCUCAACGGCAACGGACCCGGCGAAAACACCCACGUCUCCGUGUACAUCAAAGUUCUGCCGGGAGAAUAUGAUGCCUUGCUGAAGUGGCCCUUCUCGCACUCGAUCACCUUCACACUGUUCGAGCAGGGUGCCCAGAGCGGGCAGGGCGGCGUGGCGGAGUCUUUUGUACCGGAUCCCACCUGGGAGAAUUUCCAACGACCCUCGAAUGAGCCCGACCAGCUGGGUUUCGGCUUCCCGCGCUUCAUCUCCCACGAGCUGCUCCAUAGCCGGCCAUUCAUCAAGGGCGACACCGUGUUCCUCCGCGUCAAGGUGGAUCCCAGCAAGAUUGUGUCCGUUUAGGCGGCCCUAUAAUCCCGUAGAGUGUUAAGCAUUUACUCGACUGUGUAAAUACUGUGUAUUUAAAUUUAUGAGUAAAUUAUAGCCUAAGCUAAUCCCAAAUCCCAGCGGCAGCUUCUGGCAAUGUUUUCCGCUCUGAACUAACUGGCCAUGGAACGCUGCAAUCGCUGGAUCACUGCGUCAUAGUCAUACUCGUUUCAUAUCGUUUAGGUUAUGCAGUGCUGGAAAUAAACCAAAGCAUAAUUAGCAUCCAAUUCAUCCAUAAUUGUACGCCUAAGUUCGUGUCUUAAGUCUUUUGUUUAGAGAUUUGUAUUUUUGCGCGCAAUGCUAACACUUUCAAAAGAUCUUCAAACUAGACCGUACGCCCGAAAUCAGUUAGACCAUAAGUUGCAUGUAUAUAACGUUAAAAUCGAGGCGGCAGCCACAGCCGCAGCAACCACAACUGUUCUAGUUAUAAUUGUAUCAUCUAGAUAGCAGCCUAAGACAACGCAGUAGUCAUAUGUACCAUAUACAUAAGCAUGAGAAUUCAUCUUUGAGCAUAGUCAUCUAAGUUUACAUUUAAAAUCUAUAAAGUCAAACAUACAAUAAAAAAUAAAUAUUACAAUUAUAAGCAAA